CCAAUCUCAGUACGGCGAGUGGGGAUCGUGAAGAAGUGAAGAAGAAAGACAAGAGUGAGAUAGUGCGAACAGGAACAUGCUGGCACCAGCAGCGGCCUCGCAUGGGCAACCGGUUGCUCGAGAACGGCAAUUCCACCGAAGGACCCACGGUUUGUACUUCCAUUCAUCGCCACCGAAAGUAUUCCAAAUGACCAACCAACUAGCGGGAAAGGAUAACGAUUACAGGAGUAGAGACGGGAUAGCUAUCAAGCCGUCGAACAUACGGAUAUGGCUGCAUCACAAGCAGAUGUCCAAGCUCGCCAAGGUGCUGUGGGCUGGCCAGGGGAUGCGGCUGCGAACGGAAACGUCGCACCAUCCCAAGAUGAAGCGGUUUCUUGAGUGUGUCCCUCACGUGAUGGGUGUCAUUAAGGAUAUUCAUCAGGCCGUGAUCGAGAAUGAUCUGGAUACGCUGAAGGAAAAGACGGCACCACCGGCUCCACGCGUUAUUCUCACCAGCAAGGAUGCGAACGGAUUGACGCCGCUACACAAAGCCGCCGGCCUAGCGCACACGCAGAUCGUCGAAUAUAUACUGUCGGUAUGGCCAAGUCUGUCGUCGGUUGAGGACCAUACAGGCAAAACGCCGUUACACUGGGCAGCAAGUGCGAAGAACAACGCGCGCAGCUUCAAUCUACUGGUCCAAGCGGGCGCAGACGAGACCGCACUGGACGAUCGUCACAAACCGGCGGAAUACUACAAGAACAAACCGAGCGACAUUGACCGAUCGUUACUCUCGGUCAUCCCGGAAGCACCGCGAAUAUCGCAGCAGGGCUUUCCGGCCUACUUCGACUGGGGCAUGUUCACGCUGGAGGAAGAUUCCGAUGAGGGCUCACAAACACGAAUGAAGCCGUUUCUUUCGCAGAAUAAUUUGCUGGAUGCUGAUCCAGCCUCAGGCACUGGCGGCGAUCACACGUCGGCCAGUGUCGCCAAAUCGAAAUCCGUGCAUAAUCUUACCAAUGGAGUGCUGACCGACCUGAGUGCCGGUGAGCCGGAAAAAGAGAGCUCAAAUGGAAAGGAAUCGCCGUUAAAUGGCACUGAGAAUGGUAUAAGCGGGGAUGACAAGGAAGCUGACCAAAAGGAGUCAGGCGUAAACGGAGAGCAUGAAGCAACGCCGACACCGACAACGGCGACCGAGGACGAGACAGUAGUGGAGCCAUUAGAGCAGCACACUCUGCCCGAGGACGCGAACGAAGCGAACGUUCCAAAAGGCGAAGAAAGCACGAACGGUAACGGUGAUCAUGAUGAGCAGAUGAUAGUGAGCGCGGGCACAGAAUCGGUAGAACAGGAAAAGGAAGUGGAAGAGGGUGAAGAAGAGAGGUUGCAAGCAGCAGAAGCAGCCGAAAACAGUGAUGGCAGCGUGGGAGAUGAGCGACAAGCAAGUGCACAGUCCAAAUCAACAGUCAAAUCAUCAACCUCCAGCGCCCGAAGCCGGCAACCAUCAGCUAGAGAAGCAUCAGCGAAUGGCACGCAUGGUCCGAAAGAGCUCGACGAGGACAAGGACAGUUCCCAUCAUGUUGAAACUGCCGAUGACUCCCCGGAGGCUGUUGAGGAAGGCGAGGUAUCACGGGACAGUUUGGAGCAGGCUCCGUCCGCACCGAAGGACGAUGAAAUCGAACAGGACAGUCUGGGUAAAGACGGCGAACCGGAAGAGACGAUCGUGCAGAGCAAUGCCGCCGAGCCGGAAGCGGACACCGUCAGCACACGAUCGUUGUCGGCUCAAUCAGUAAAAGAAUCAACGACGAAAGCCCCAUCGAGGGUCGCUUCGGCAAGGAGCAACAAAUCAAUGGCGACAGGCGGGGAACCGAAUGAUCUGGCACCAGUUAGCAAACCAUCAUCGGCCAGCAGUGAACAGAUGCAAGAGAAACUGCCAGAAGACCGGCCACGAUCGACCAAAAGCCACGACGGAACGGAUGAACACCAUGAAGGCUCGAGUGCAAAGCAAAGGACUGCACCCACUAGCGCAAGUGGGCAGCGCACCGGAAGCCACCGGAGCGGCCACUCGGAAGCCACAAAGGAAUCACCGAAAUCUACUUCCGGCUCAUCGAGUCGCUUGGCAUCGGCCAAAGAUGAGGAGGUUGGUUCUCGGCAAGCUUCUUCGGUUGCCAGUUCAACUAAAGCUUCAGCCAAAUCGACGGCUUCGGUCAACAACAAUCGGCGUGCAUCGGUCACUUCACACAAAUCGAUCAACUCUGGUAAAAGUGCUGGCGACCGUAAGGACGGUGGCCGUGAACAAGACGUCGAUCAGGAAGCUGACGACGAUUCGGAUUCCAACAACAACGAUGUGCAGAUCGUGAGCUACCGUACGCAGGAUGAGACCGAGGAAGUGUCUAGCGAAAGUUCUGUUGCAAAUGGUGUAACAACAGAGCCGCAAGAGCUGCGGGAAAUGCUGCAGGACGCAAGCGAACCCAUGAAAAUGACGGAACUGCAGCAGAUCGACCGGACGCAGGCGGAGAGUCCUAGCCAA